UCGCUUCAGUGUAAGACGGACGAAUUUGAUGUUUUCGCUUGAUUUCUGUUGUCUUUCAUACUCUCACUCAGUCUUGCCUAGUGGUCUUCUCUAUUGAUGUUGCGGGUUUGAAGUUCUCACAGGGCAGUAUAGGGCCGAUAUGAAGUACUCACUACUUGCCCUCGUGGCAGCAACGGUUGGCGAGGGGCGCGUGUAUAUCCGACAAGAGCUGUUGAACGCUACAAGCGUAGCAAGUACUACGACCACCAGCAGCAGUCCUGCCACCGCCGCGAGUCUAAGCUUGCCUUCGGCGACAAAGGCCACAAACACGACGACCAGCAUCCGCUCGACAACAACAGCCCCUCCGAAGAGCGAAGCAGAGACGUGCUGUUACAUAUAUCCCCACGGAGUCGGGAUCAAUACAUGGUGGACCUCGAGUGUGGAUCUGACAGUUGCGACUGUAAUUACAACAUGGUUGCAGUACAACAACACGCUCGUUCCUGGCAACUCAACGACAAAAACAGUCAUCAACGCAACAGAAUUCUAUGGUGCACAUCACAUGCAGUCACUAGAAUACACCCUUUCUCCGAUCAGUGCGACAGCAACAACUACGGACUGGUUCUGUGGAGGUUUCUCGAAUGCGACAUGCACGUCGACGGUCCCGACCACGAUCACAAAAUUCGACUACUCGACGAUAUACUACAACACCACGAACAUUCUUUCCGGCGUGCCUAACACUCUUUUGCCAGCAAAUGCAGUUCUUUACGGCAAAACCUCGAUCGAUGUCACGACUGUCACGAGUUUUCCGGAUCAAUCGCUCACAAUCCAUGCUCCCACUCCGUACUUCCUCUUCUCUGCGAUCAAUCUCCACACCAGCAAACAAUGCAUGGCUACUUACGAAACUACGGACUAUACCUCUUACUCAGUGAUUACACCCAGCGGCGGGUUCGCGACUCAAGUCUCGAGCGUCUAUCCUACGGCAACCAUCACUGGCUUCAAUGGCGCCUGGCCAGUUAUCCCGGGCUCGUCGGGCGAUGUCUACAUCAACACAACCUUUGCGAAAUCCUUUCCAGACGGGGACUACAGCGACUUCAACUUCACCGACUGGGCCGAGGGAGUUGUGUUUGGGGUUCUGCCUGGACCAGUCGAUGCGUACAUGUUUCGACUGCCAGAGGAUUUCCCAGAAUUCCUCGCCGGGAUUCCGAAGAUCAAGAGCGAAUUUCCGGACAUCGCUUCAUGCACAAACUUUGGUGGAGACGGCGAGCCGACUGUACACGUCCCUGUCAACCAGCUCACCGAUACUAGCCAUGUCACGAUGACCAUGAACGGAGCAUUGAAGCCCUCAGCCGGAUCACCUAAGCCGGAACCAGAGAUUCAUACCACGACUGAUAAGGCACCGAACCCGGUCACUCAGAUUCCAGUCAUCGAGACGACAGCAGAUGAGCUGGACACUCCUGGACCUACCGAGACCCCAGUCGUCGCGAAGCCUGGCACUACACUCGAUAGGCCCCCGACUACCAUUGUCGCAGCGCCUACCGUCAUCAUCGCAAAGCCUGAGGACCAGCUGGCGACACCGACACGAGCAACAGCGAGUCCAAAGGCGCCUCAGCUUGGGAGGCCUGGCACUGCCUUGGAUACACCUAAUGCGCCUGCUCAACAGCCAACAACACAGAACAUCGGCGAUAUCAUUGCCAGUGUGAUUGGCAUGAAGCCUGCCGAGGAAGCCAAUAAACCAGAUGUAGUCACAGGAGACAACCCGGUCUUCACAUACGUUCCUGUCCCUCAACCGAAAAUCACGUUGGGCGACAAUGUGAUUACUGGAGACAGCAACACAAACUUCAUAGUCGGUGACCAAACGCUAAGUCCAGGAGGCCCGGCCGUGACUGAAGGUGGAAACACGAUCGAACUUCCUUCGCAAGCCACAGCAAUAGUCGUCAACGGAAAUCCUACGCCGAUUGCACAACCUCAAGCACCCGCGAAUGUGCCAGCGCCAGAGUGGACAUUUGGACCAAAUACGAUUACUGCCAACGCUGCCAAUGAGUUUGUGAUCGCUUCUCAGACCCUUACUCCUGGCGGCGAAGCUGUCACGAUAGCAGGAACGACCUUGAGCUUGGCCACUGGUGCUUCUGCAAUUGUGGUCAAUGGACAGACCUCAGAGCUUGUAGUCCCAGCCGGCGCGCCGGUGACCUUUGGCGGCGCAGUUGCAACUCCUGUUGCAGAUGGAGCUUACGUGCUUCCUGAUGGCGAGACGUUGAGUGAAGAUGGGCCCAGCGUUGUCGUUGCUGGAACUACGUAUUCGCUUGCCGACAGUGGAAGCUCCAUUGUGGUGAAUGGCGUAGCAUCGCCUUUGCCUACUGCUGGUGGCGUGGCUGUGGGAAGUGUGACGGAGCUGAUAUUGCCUGGAACGACGCUUCUGCCUGGGUCCGAAGUUGUUGUCUCUGGCACAACUUAUUCCCUUCCCGCGACUGGAGACGGCAUCUACAUUGAUGGGCAAUCUUCGACCUUGCAGGAGGCACAGCCGGGUUCUCCGAUCACGCUGCCGAACGGUGUUGUCGCUACACCAACUCUGGCCACGAAUAUCGUCAUCGGGAGCCAGACCCUUCAACCUGGAGGCCCAGCAGUCACGAUAUCCGAGACGACUUUCUCCAUCAGCGGAACUGAGAUCAUAGUUGCGGCAUUUGGGAGUACGGUGACAGCAGAUCUCGUGACGUCGGAUUCGUCAACCACAAAGACAGCUUCGAGGACAAGCUCGCGGUCCUCUUCAUCGACAGCGAAGCCUUCGGAGAGCAACAGAGCGCCAUCGGAAACAGCAAGCGCGCCAGAGCCAUCAAACACAGGCGGCGGCGCGAAGGCGAGUGCGCUACAACAUACCAGCGUGAUUGCACUUAUCGUGGCGUUGGCAUUUUGCUUGUUGUAGGCGAGCGGCGAAAUUUGGCGAAUGAAGAAAAGUUGUAAUGUAUUGAACGAAUGAAUAGACCAGAUAUGAAUUCUCAUGUAUGAUGAAUAUGUAGACUUACCU